AUGCAAGGAGUGGUAACAGAGGAAUGCUUUGUCGUGCCAUGUGAUCCCUGUUGGUGUCUGACAAGACAGUCAUGGUGCCACGGUGGUGUUGAAGUUAGCCCUUGUGGAUGGCGUCAACAGCAAGUCGGCCGUGGAAGUCGAUUGCACCAGCAUGCGGUCACUCAAUGUGGAGGUGCCAUCCACCAUUUCCCUCCCUCCACCUCGCUGAGUGCUUUCGAUUCAACCAUCCAACGAUACCCUAAUGCUAUGACAGAGCUACGAGUGGAGAGCAGACAGCAUGCCAAGUGCGAUGCAGGGACGACAAGAAGGAGUGCUGAAGUACACCAAGAAAGGGACAAAUGUGUGCAGAGGCGUCUCAUCACCGCAUCGCUCUUGCUCGCAUCUACCCACAUCCUGAUUGCCCCUCGUGGCAGCAGUCACCUUGUCGAGCCAUUCCACUCUGCCUGCCACCGAAUGGCACUAUCGCCCUCCGCGCAUGCCUCACUCCCACCUCGUAGGAAUGCCGCAUCGAGUUUAUGCACCUGUGUGAAGGAGAAGGCGCCAAGGCGGCUUCUCCCUUGCAAUCGCGACUUUAUGGAGUGCCGCGCUGACCAUCAGCAACACUCACGAGGGAGAUAUGAGGUGGAUUUGGAUGCCACCGUUGUCAAACCUUGUGUCUGCCAAAGUGUGAGAUCCAAGCGGGCCCGACCACCUCCCUUUCUGUCUCGCUUUUGCAUUCCAACUGGCGAACCUGUUUUGGCUGCGUGGGAUUAA